AUCCACACGGGCCUCCCCGCGAAGACGACCCAUUUGGUGCAUGGUAUUUAUUUACAUUAAUUUAGAUUAUCGAGGUUAUAACUUUUUUCUCUUAUUUUAUUCAAGUUCAUAUACAUUUAUUAUUAUUCAGAUGGAGACAGACCAAGAUGUACAGUGCCUCUGCUAGGCAAAAUGUACGCUACUUUAGGAAUCAACUUGACUCCUUGCAGUUCCGAAACGUUGUUUGGCAACCGUACGAUAUUGAUAACUUGCCUGCUUAUUGUUGUCGUACUCCUCAACUAUGGACUUUCCAAGGCUAUGUUAUUUAUCGAACUGUAGUCGAUGUUGUCUAUGCAUCCGAACUGCCAAACCUUAAUGCCAUGCCUGAAGAGACCCUGCGCUUUAAGUAUGCAUUUUGGGCAUUCGCCGCGGCAAUACAUGGAUUAUGUUAAGGAAUGUAGUAGAGUUUGUUGUUAACGGGCUCAUUCUUGUUGGGCUCGUAAUUUGGUCUUGGUCUUGUAGCUAUUAUAAAUAGCGGAUUUAUGU